AUGUUCACUGAUGUAAUAAAAGUUCCGAAUGAAGCAUUGUUUCGUAUAGUAACUUCCAUCAAACAAUCCAAAGCGAUAAAAAGGAAGAAAUCUAGAGAAAGAGAAAAAGACACUUACGCUCGCUUAUUUGCUCCUUCGACUUCGUUGCUUCACAAGAGGAGUCUAGGGCUUGCCCUUCAUCUUCUCCUUUCGUCGUUUAUGUUUGAUUUUGUUGCUUCGCAGAGGGUAGAGAUCGCACGAGUAGCUUCUUCCGCUCCUUGUGGUUGUCCGACUUCGUGCCUUCGCAAGAGCAGAGAUUGCACGAUUCGCUUGUCCGUAGGUGCGGAGAUUGCACGACUUGCUUCUUCGACUCCUCUGUUGGAUUCGCCUCCUCUGAACUCCGACGCCUGCAAGCUCCAACCAGUGCGUGACCGAGCCCUCCUCCAUGCCCGAUCGAGCUUCUCUAUGUCUCCGGGUUAUAAAUUCAUCGGAAGAAAAUCUUCAUCGUCCUGCUGUUCGGCUUCAUUGCACGAUAGGCUUCUUCGGCUCCUUCGUUCUUGUUCGACUUCGCUCCGGCAAGCAGCUCCGGAGAGAGUUCGCUCUGGCGAGCAGCUCCACUCCGUCGCCCUCAAGUCCGGCCUUCUCGCUCCAACCUCUUUGUCAGCAACGCCUUCAUUCACGUACCUAUCAUCGGCGUGCUGUUCGGCUUCAUUGCACGAGAAGCUUCUUCGGCUCCUUCGACAAAAGCAUCCUCCACCUCACGUCAUCCCACCGGACUUGUUUUCCGCCGCCCCUGAGAUAUAUAUCGAACAUCCCCGCGUUGAAAUACAGAGACGGAGGAGGUCCGAGCUCAGCAACAGGCCAUGGCCGGCAAUCGGGGCAUUGCUGGCAAUAGCCUAUCUCGUACUGCUGAGAGUUACUCCAGGUCUUCUCGCAGAAGCAAUCCAGCACCGCGUAGAAGUGGCCGUCCGGUAAAUUGAAGAGAUGGUCGAUAUUGUCGUACACUUGGUUUACGAAGCUUGUUUUUGACAAUAAAUCAAUUAAUAGUUUACGAAGCCUUACAUUCUAGAUUCGAAGUUUGGAGUAGUUAAUGACGUAUUAAGGCAUGGCGAACUUAGUCUGGUUCUCCGGCGGGUAGACAGGCUCGAUCUCACGAAUGAGGCAGCCCUGCAACUAAAGAAAUUAUCAGAGAAAUGGAUGACGGUGCUUCUUGUGCAAAGGACAGAAUAUCAUGAAAAAUCAAAGGGCAGUUUAAUGCUGAUAAAUAUCAAAGCAUGUUGCAUAUAAAUGUGGGAUCUUUAAUUGAAUAAAAUUUUCUUAUUUCAAUUUUCAAUCUUGCAUAGAAAAAAACCACAGCUUCUUUUUCCCACGUUCUUUCAUUAUAUGGCUAGACUUAUCAUAGUACCAACAUAAACUUAAAGCAAUAUUGGGAAAAUUCAAGAAAUUGUAUUAUUUGAUCUUGAGAGCUGUUUGUUCACGACUUGUUCAACUGUGCUGCAAAUUAAUUUAUAAUUGCUGUAAAUCAUGUAGUUGUAUUUUGAACAAGACUUUUUUGUGG